AAGUUACUUGAAAAUAAUUUGUUUGUAUGUGGUGACAGACACAUUAUCAAUUGGCUGUAGAGGAUGAGGAUGCGGUCUGAAAGGUGUUCUUAAGAUCAAUGAAGAAAGGAUGGGGCGAUAAUAUGAAGGAUGAGCGGGAUAAGUGGCGUACAAACGCGAGAGGGGGAAGAAAAACCGAGCAUUUGGGGAACGAGUUUCACACACUACAGGAUCAUGAGUGCUCUGCUACUUAUGGCUCAGACUCAGCAUCAUGGUCGUCACGAGACAAUAACGCUUGGGCAGUUGCUGUUGGUGGAUGUCAUAGCAAUUUCAUGCCGGGAAUUGAUUUACAGGUAAACCUAGAGGAACUUGGGUUUACAUAUAGAAAGCGACAACCAAAGGGGAAUUCAUAUAUGAGCUUGAUGUUAUCAGACAUGGCCGAAAAACAAGCGAAAGAUAGGGAGGCAAUGCAAAUGAUGCGAGAUGAAAUACGGCAAAUCAAAGAGCAACGAGAAGCAAUGCAACGGAUGAUUGAAGAAAUUGGGAGGAUGCAUGCUUCUCUAUCGCAGCAAUUCAUUGCUUUCAGUGCGUACGAGAUGCACCCGCCUAGUGCUACCCCAUCGUUGCCUCACACCGGGCAAGCAUUUCCUCCUGUAGGGACAUCAUUCCCUACUGCUGAGCCAUCGUUUCAUGCUAGUGGGCCAUCAUUUCCUCAUGCAAUGCCAAUGCAAUUCCCAAUAGAACCUGCAUUCCCAAUGGGCCAAAUGGGGAGACAGUCAGAAGCUCCAAAUACAUCUUCACCCAAUCCCCCGCAAGAUGAGUUUGGUUAUCAGCCGAGAUUUGAUGCAAAUUACCAGGGUCCUUUUGGGCUCGAAUGAUCAAUGUGCAUGAGGUUGCGAACUCAAAAUAUGGCAUGUUCUUGCUACUUGAGAAAAAUACUUUUAUUUUUUGGAUGGACGAUUUGAACUUGUUAGGACAUAAGUAUAUAUGUCAGUUGGAAUUGAAUGGUUUGUGGUAAUAUUAACUGAAUUAUUGUGACUUGCAAGUUUAGAAUAUGCAAAUGGUCAUGUUAAAUGUUGCAUGUGGUACUUAUAUACUUAUCUUUUAAUUUAUGAUUAUGACAUGAGGAAUUAUAUAAGUAGUACACAUUCAUAAUAAUGUGAUAAAUCCAAA